AGAGAGCGAGGUGUUCUAACGCGAGGCUCCGGUAGCCCCCCCUCGGGAAAACAAAAAACCGGAGCCAGCCCAGAAAUGCCCCACCGCCCAGCUGCGGACUGCCUUAACGGGCUCAUGUGAUGCUUUUCAUAUGUUUAUAAUUUUAUUUAUUAUUUUCGUAAUCGUUUUCUGGCAGUUUUGACGUUAGUUUGCGUGCUAAUUGGCUAGCCAUCGAUUGAUGGGUGUUGUGGCUGUGAACGCUGGUUUAUAGUGUUUGCUAUCUGGCCCAGCAUACUGAUAUUAAGGCUCUUACCCGCGGCUUUGGUGCCUCGUUGUUUCUUCCUCCAGCAAAGACCACGAAAAAGCUGGAGCAAAAUAAGAAGAAUGGGUGCGUUCUUAGACAAGCCAAAGAUGGAGAAGCACAAUGCUCAUGGGGAGGGGAACGGCCUGCGCUACGGACUCAGCAGCAUGCAGGGCUGGCGUGUGGAGAUGGAGGAUGCACACACAGCUGUAAUAGGGCUGCCUUAUGGCCUCAGCCUGUGGUCUUUCUUUGCCGUCUACGAUGGGCAUGCAGGCUCUCAGGUUGCUCGUUACUGCUGUGAGCAUCUGCUGGAACACAUCACCAGCAACCCGGACUUCAGGGGAGGCUGCUCAGGGGGUGGGGACUCAAUUAAUGCUGAACCCUCCAUGGAGAGUGUGAAAUGUGGAAUCCGCACAGGCUUCCUGCAGAUCGACGAGCACAUGCGGGCCAUGUCCGAACGCAAGCACGGGGCAGACCGCAGUGGUUCCACGGCGGUGGGUGUGAUGAUUUCCCCUCAUAAUUUUUAUUUCAUCAAUUGUGGUGACUCCAGAGCCUUGCUGAGCCGCAAGGGUCGCGUUCACUUCUUCACCCAGGACCACAAGCCCAGUAACCCCCUGGAAAAGGAGAGAAUCCAGAACGCAGGUGGUUCUGUUAUGAUCCAGAGGGUCAACGGCUCCCUCGCCGUCUCCCGUGCUCUUGGUGACUUCGACUAUAAGUGCGUACAUGGGAAAGGCCCCACUGAGCAGCUGGUGUCCCCGGAGCCAGAAGUGUAUGAGAUCGAACGCUCUGAGGCUGAGGAUGAAUUUGUGGUGCUGGCCUGCGAUGGCAUCUGGGACGUCAUGGCCAACGAAGAACUGUGUGAUUUUGUGCGUUCACGCUUGGAAGUGACAGAGGACCUGGAGAGAGUGUGUAAUGAGAUCGUGGACACAUGUUUGUACAAGGGUAGUCGAGACAACAUGAGUGUGGUGCUGAUAUGUUUUCCUGGUGCCCCAAAAAUCAACCCAGAAGCCGUGAAGCGAGAGGCGGAGUUAGAUAAGUACCUGCAGAACAGAGAGGGUGGAGCAUGUAAAAAGGCGAAUAAAUAAAAUAUAUUACAAAGACUAAGAGAGAGUUAUAGAAAGUGAGCAUUCUUACUUAAUUAGGUGAGUUUCUUAGAUGGCAGUUUACACUUGCCAAUGAAGUAUACGUUACAGUUAACGUAACAUUUUCAAUUAACGAAUCCCCAUAUUGGAGAGGAAAGACUCACUGGUACUGUAUUAGCACAGUUAGGACUAUUCGGGAUCAAAUUUAACCAGAGAGAAAUACCACAGUGUGAAUUUAUUUGAGCUUAUAUUGAUAAUUAGAGGCCUUUAAUUAUUUAUUGCCAAUAUUGAAAAGCACUUACACAAUUUAGAGGUAACCUGUAGCUUUACCAGAGGUUUUAUUGUAGUGCAUCCGAGAAUCCUCCGCUCCAGCGCAUAUUACUUAGCAUAUUAUUAGCUACUAAGUGAUGGUGAGUAAGUGCAAUUGUAGAUUAUUAAAAAGGAAUGAUGAAAACCCAACAUUUGGCUCUGCACUUUUUCAUUAAACGCUGCUAUACUUAAAGGCAUCUUCUAUUAAUAAGAGAAAGACCAAAUUUGAGAUCUCAGUUAGAAUUCAAUAUGUUAAUGUGUUCGAACAGAAUUAAUACAAAGUGUAGUUUUGCGUUCUGUUUGUGACAGUGUGUUCUUCAGAUAGUUGUUUUCAUCCACUUGUACAAGCAUGUGUUUAAGUCUGGCACCCGUUUCAUUUGCAUCUUUCUGAAAAGUUGUUCUAAAUGAGAGUGAAUGUCAGGCCUCCACUGCUGAUUACCUGAAAUUGUAGCUGACACUGCUGUACGUGGCCUGAUGGUGCAGUUUUGUGUCCACAGCAGUGGCCAUGAGCAUUUUAAUCCGCAUGAUUCCUGUUCUGUAAUAUGGAACAUUGUUGCCUUAGUCCUAAUUUACAGUGACUACCUUGAUUAGAAUCGAUAGGUUAGCACUUGGUAUCCAACCCCAACUGCUUGAAAGAGUAAAAUUAAAUCCAGUGGACACAUAGUACUGAAAGCAUGCACUGUACCGAUAGCACGAUAAGUUGUGUACACCUCCUGCAUGUACGCUACAUUAAGAAAAAACAGGGAUAGAUCUUAUUUAGAAUUAAGUUGGUCUGACAGAAGUUUUAUACUUUGUACAGUAUACAUUUGUAACCCCUGAGGAACAGCUUCCGUGUGAACUGAACGCAGUGUUUGAAAGAUUGUGUCAAUGUUUUACAAUCCUCUCCGAGUUGUUUACUACUUGUUGCCUCAAACAGACACUUUGUCAAUCCUCUGGUUUGUUUAUGUAACUAUUAAGAAAAACUCAUUUAGUUAGGAAAUUCUUGGUGCAUAGAGUGGGAUUCAGCCUGCCUGCACUUUUUGAGAUGUAGAUCCUUGUUGGUACAAUGAUUAAACAUUUAUAGUACAAUGGUACACUGCUUUUGUGUCUGUAAAACCCAACAGGAUUUGGCUUUUUGUCCUUUUGUACCUAAGAUUUUGGAAGCCUUUCAUUUAAUUUUCAUAUUUUUGAACCUUUUAGACUUGUCCAAACGUGGCGUAACUCGACAGGAUUUUAGCGACAAGCAAUUUGUGUAAUGUUUAAUGGAUAGUUCACUUAAAAAUGAAAAUCAUUUACAAAAAAUCAUUUAAAAUCAUUUACGUUCCAAACUCAUAGAAACCCAUUGAAAACUUGCAUUAGAUCCCAUUAUCUUUCAUAAUAUGGACAAAAACACCUUUCAUUUUUAAAGUAUCUUCUUACGUA